AUGAAGAUCACCGCCGCUUUCGUUACUUCGGUCCUGGCCUUUGUCACGGCCUCUUCCGCCACGGCCAUCUCAGCCCGUGUUUCGCAAGCCGAAUGGUCGCUGGAGUCGGUCACCGCGAAAUCGGCGAACGCUCUUUGCAAAACCCAAAGCCAUGCGAACCUGGGCGACAUCUCGGAAAAUGUGGACAUGAUCAUCGCAAGCAGCCCGGGCCGCAUGUACGGCCAAGACGAGCAGAUCGCAGGCAAGAGGGACGCGGGCGGAUCGAGCCCUGGCAUCAUGAUCAAGAUCCAGGGGACGACGACGGAGUACCCGAUCGAGCACAUCAAGUACCUGCUGAACGGGUUCCACCUAAACGGCAUCAACCGUUGCGGCGCCAUCUCCAUGGAAUACAAUACUUCUUUACCUGCCGACCAAAACGACGCCAUGGUGAAGCAUGGAUGGUUGAAGAUGGACUAUACUGGUGACGUCGAGGUCGCAAAUGCAUGA